ACCUGUUGAACGGAAAAAACACAACAACCGGACCGGAACCAAAUUCGAAAAACCCUACCGGGUUAACCCGCAAAACCCACUUACAACAGUACUACUGGUGAAAGUAAAAAACUCUAUCACCCCACCCACGCCUAACCACCCACCCUCUAACCCACCCCUAUACCCCAACCCCCUUCUCUCACGCUCCCUACGAGGGUAUUCUUCAUGCCCCAAGAAGAUUGGUGCAGUUUCAUCCUCCAAUUGAUGAAACUGGUUGAUUCUGAGUGAGGUCCUGUGUAAUGAACGUCUUGUUUAAUGCAUGUUCCGUUGCAAUAUUAACAAGGACUAACAGUCGUGCUGUGAAGAGUUCAAUUGGUGCAUUUUCAGCUCUUUCAUGGAAGACAGGUGUUGGACAUAAUGCAACUAGAAAAGUUGAUUCCGACUUGCUUUUGAAGAGAAUUUGCUUUCGCUGCUAUUCAUCUAAAAAGUCUAGUGGGGAUAGUUCUAGCUCAGAGAAGUCUGAUCCUACUCCAAAAAUGAAGGAAGAUAGAGAUGGUUUCUUUGUUGUUAGGAAAGGAGAUCUGGUUGGAGUCUACAAAAACUUGAGUGAUUGCCAGACUCAAGUCGGAUCCUCGAUAUGUGAUCCCCCUGUGAGUGUCUAUAAAGGCUAUGCCAUGCCUAAGGACACAGAGGAAUAUCUGCUCUCUUGUGGGCUUAAAAAUGCUCUUUAUUCUAUCAGAGCUGCUGAUCUGACUGAAGAUCUCUUUGGGACUCUUAUACCAUGCCCUUUUCAGCAACCUUCUUCUUCGAAAGGUGGGAUGCCUGAACAUAUGCCAAAGAAGAGGUCACAGGAAGUAAUGUGGUCAGAAUAUUCGGAUGCUGUUGGACCAGCAGUUAUUUCAAAUGAUUUCCUAAGAAAGCAUGUCAAGUUAGAUGAUCAUAAGGGUGACCAAGCUCUGUCAUCGGGUCGGUCAUGUACUCUUGAAUUUGAUGGUGCUUCAAAAGGAAAUCCUGGACUAGCUGGUGCAGGAGCGGUGCUACGAGCUGAUGAUGGCUGUUUUAUCUGUAGGCUACGUGAAGGUUUAGGAGUAGCAACAAACAAUGCUGCUGAAUAUCGAGGCAUUAUUUUGGGGUUGAAAUAUGCACUUAGCAAAGGGUUUACUAGUAUUCGUGUUCAGGGUGACGCCAAACUUGUAUGUAUGCAGAUACAGGGCCUAUGGAAGGUUAAAAAUCAAAACAUCUCCACGCUGUAUGAGCAGGCAAAACAACUGAAAGAUAGGUUUCUUUCUUUCCGGAUCAUUCAUGUCCUUCGGGAAUCAAACUCCGAUGCGGAUGUUCAGGCUAACUUGGGUGUUGAACUUGCUGAAGGUCAAAUUCAGGAGGAGAUAGAGAAAUGACACAGGGGCACUACGAAAUGGCUUUAAAGUCCAUGGUAGAAAGUUGUAGUAACAGUACAGAGAAGGAUUUCUACACGCUAACACUAAGUUUUCAGAUUCUCGAAGGGUAAACAUUGCCUAUUUAGCCAGUGCUACUUUCAACCUUCAAGGAGUCUGCCUAUGAAGCCACUGGAUUACCCGUACAGUAAUAUCGUUCAUUGUUUAAUGCAUCAAUGUUAUUGCAAUUAGGAAGUAUGUAAAUGUAAUUGGGGAGAAAUCAACACCAAAUGUUACUAAUUGUUUACUUUGAAAUAUUGCUGAUGAGAGCGCUCUAUAUCCCAGAUAUUCAACGAAGAUCGACUGCAGAACAAUCAAUAUUUUCAUCUCUCAUUCCUCA